CAUCCUCUGCCGUUGGACAGAUGAGAUGUCCCUUUUGUCUCUACCCUCCCAUAGUGCUCUAACUCAAAGGACCCAUCCAUAAUCGUACUCGCUUUAUAUAUAUAUGCACCCCUAAAAUCGUGAUCAUUUCAGACAUAAAUCAUCUCCAAGUUUCACAUUAUCGACUGUCUUACAAAUGGGUUCAAGAGUGAGAAGGAAGCAGAGAUGGUGCACACAAACCUUGACUCCUCUAAUGGAAGGUCCUGAUCCUGACAUGCAAGAAGAUGGUAAUAAAAAGGAGAGUUCAUGGGAAGUAAUUCGAGAAUGGUUCCGGCUGCAGAAGAGUUUCUCUAGUAACAAUUAUUCAUCAAUUUCACCAGAUGGAAGCAUGCCAGCUAAUAGUAAGAGGCAAGACUUGAGGCUUUUGCUUGGUGUUCUUGGAUGCCCACUAGCCCCAAUCCCUCUGGUCACCGACUUCAAUUUUCACAACAAUUUUCACAUUAAGGGUGUGCCAAUGGAAAAUUCCAUUGCGCAUUAUAUUAUACAACAGUAUUUGGCGGCCACGGGAUCCUUAAAGAGAGAAAAAGAGAUGAGGAACAUGUAUGCAACAGGAAGUGUGAAGAUGGUCCGUUGUGAGACAGAAAUAUCCUCAGGAAAAAAUGUCAAGAGUUUAGGGACCAGAACUGGAGAGAAUGGGUGUUUUGUUAUGUGGCAAAUGUUGCCCGGAAUGUGGUCUCUUGAAUUAGUUGUCGGAGGGAAUAAGGUCAUUGCCGGAAGCAAUGGGAAGACCGUGUGGCGGCAUACACCUUGGCUCGGCACUCACGCUGCCAAAGGACCCCAGCGCCCUCUUCGUCGCAUAAUCCAGGGCUUGGAUCCGAAGAGCACAGCCAGCUUAUUCGCGAAAGCUCAAUGCUUAGGCGAGAAGCAAAUUGGGAAAGAAGAUUGCUUCGUAUUAAAGGUAGCUGCAGAUCGUUCAGCUGUUAUGGAAAGAAGUGAAGGAGCAGCAGAAGUACUUAGGCAUGUAUUAUAUGGGUACUUUUGCCAGAAAAGUGGUCUCCUAAUUUACUUGGAGGAUUCACAUCUCACCAGAGUACAAACAUCAGAAAAUGAUAUUAUUUAUUGGGAGACUACUAUAGGAAGUAGCAUCGAUGAUUAUAGAGAUGUUGAUGGAGUGUUAAUUGCUCAUCAAGGCAGAUCUAUUGCAACGGUUUUCCGGUUCGAAGAAGAAUCUGUGCAACAUAGUAGGACUAAAAUGGAAGAAAUAUGGAGGAUUGGUGAUGUUGUGUUUAAUGUUCCAGGCCUCUCCUUAGACUAUUUCAUCCCUCCUGCUGAUAUUUUUGAUGCUUCUCCGUGAUUAACUGACUUUAGUUAAUUUGUUUGAUUUUAUGUUCUUCUCAGUAAUUACAAUAUCGGAGGGCUUGUGGCAUACUUAAUUAAUCUCAAAGAAUUGUAUUCUACAUAUUUGGAUUUAACUUUAGGUUACUAUAUUCAAACAGGAUUUCAAUGACCAAGUACCAUUACAAAGUUCGGGAUAAAGAAUGGGUUUUGGCUUUUGUGAAUGGCUUGGUGGAAAAAUAAAUACAUAAUUGUGUUCCUUUUGCUCUUUC